GGAAGAGGCACGGGUUAGAACCGAAAUAUCUGUUUCCAGAUAAGCCCGCCGCGCCGCUGCAUCAAGUGAUCCUGUUGGGCGUCAGCGAACAGCGAAUUCGAAGAGGCCGUGGAUGUUGAGAAUAGAAAACUCCUCGAAGAGGAAAGUGUAGUCUGCGAACGAUGACGACAGGAAGCACCGGAUCAACAUUCCCGAAAUGGCAGCUGGCAAUACUGAUCGGGGCACCCGUGGCGAUCGGCCUUGGGUAUCUUUACUGGCGCAAAUCCGCCGAUCAGGGUGGUGACAAGCUGACGAAGAAGAAACUGGCCGACAUAAAAGACAAAACCAUUUCGCUCGACGGUGACGAUCGGUCCUCGUUGGAGCCGAAAGAAGCGAAACCAUUGAGUGGCCGCGAACUUGCGCUGCACCACAAGAAUGAGGGAAACAAACACUUUCGGGGCGCAAACUACGAACAGGCCAUCGUGGAAUACAGCGCCGCUAUCGAUCACUGCCCGGAAGGGGAAGCCACGGAUCGAGCCACGUACUACCAGAACCGGGCGGCGGCCUACGAGCAACUGCAUAAUUUUCGGGAUGUGAUAAACGACUGCAGCAAGGCGAUCGAAUGUAACCCCACGUACACUAAGGCCCUGAUACGGCGGGCCAAGGCAUAUGAGCAGAUAAAACAGUUAAGCAGUGCGCUGGACGACAUUACGGCCGCUUGCAUUUUGGAUCAGUUUCAGAACAAAACCGGACUCCUGCUGGCGGACCGCAUCCUGGGGGAGUUGGGCCAAGAGCACGCGCGCGAAGCGAUGAAGGACAAGAAAGAGGUGGCACCGUCGAAGCUGUUCAUGAAGAACUAUUUCAGCUCGUUCAACAAUGAUCCGGUCCGCAAAAUGGUCAUAGCCGGUUCGGAGCCGAAAGGAUUCGUCAAGGCCAAAGCACUGUUUGAUAAGGGAGAGUACCAAGGAAUCGUGGCCGCGUGCACCGAGGAAAUCGAAUCGAGUGAAGCGGAAGCCGAGUACAAGCUGGAGGCGUUGCUGUUGCGAGGAACUUUUUACAACCUGAUGGCAAACUACACCGAAGCCAAGCUGGACCUGGAUGCGGUGGCUGAGCUGGAGACGGCGGACAAAAAGUUGCGCGUAAACGCACUGAUCAAACGAGCGUCGCUCGUCGUGCAGACGGACUCGGAAACGCCGGAAAGAUGUUUCGAAUAUUUCGCCAAGGCAGAGGAGAUCGAUAACACAAACUGCGACAUCUUCCACCAUCGGGGACAGGUGUUCAUUCUGAUGGAUCGCAUGGACGAAGCGAUAAACGACUUUGACCGAGCGCACAGUCUGUGCCCGAGUUCGGCGAUCAUCGCCACACAUCUGUGCUACGCGCGCUACCGGAUGGCACUGAUGAGCAAAGACGAAGGGGGACUCCGGAAGGUCAUGAAACGGUUCAACGACAUCCUAGAACAGUUCCCGAACUGCGUCGAGUGUUACAGCAUCAUGGCGCAGGUGUUGACGGAGCAGCAGCAGUAUCAGGAGGCAGACAACUUUUUCGAGAAGGCGGCCAAACUGGAGCCAGACAAUGCCCAAAUUCUAGUGCACCGCGGGUUGCUGCAGCUACAGUGGAGGGGAGAGAUCGACGAAGCGACGAAGUUGAUCAGAAAAGCGAUCGACAUCGACGAUAAGUGUGAGUUUGCGUACGAAACGCUCGGUACGAUCGAGGUGCAGCGCGGCAACCUCGUCGAGGCUAUCAAACUGUUCGAAAGUGCCAUCGCACUGGCCAAAGCCGAACGCAGUCUGGUUCACCUGUACUCGCUAAAGGACGCCGCUAUCGCCCAAGUGAACGUUUCCAAGAGCAUGGGAUUGAGUAUUAACAAUUUUUCUCCGUCGUACUUUGCUUAAACUCCCGCUUAUCGCGUUGCUGGAAUCGGAUCAAACCAUUGCGUUUAGGUGGUCACGAAGAAGUCAGUUUAGUGGCUUCAAAAUGCAGUUCUUCGGUGGUUCGGUUGAUACAAUCUGCCAACACCACGCAACGUUAUUUAUCUUGUACAAACAUAACUAGAUAAAAGUCCCGGUUCCACACGUCACGACAUCAUCCCGCACACAGCAGAAGCACAGCAAGGUAGAGAACAUGAGAAUGCUCACAAGCGAGUCGAAUAAAAUUACCACGCAUAAAAAGUUAAACAGGUUGCAUUUGUUCGUUGUUGUUUAAUUGCAUGCGAAAAGUUUCCCAAACACUGCGCGCUGAGCAGUGCAAGUUGCGGCCAGUUCGUUCGAAGUUUUUCUGACCGAUUUAUGAUAGAACGCAGAAGGAAGAAGAGAUUAAGUACUAGAAAAUGUUUUUAUUAUCCAUGUUUUGUUUUUCGUUAGAAUACAUUGGAGUAGUGAUAAGUAAAAUAUAUUUCAUACUCAAACUGUAUCGGAUCUGCCUCCGUUCUGUUCGUGAAAGUAAAAGCCCAUAUUGAUAUGUUUUUCGCAAAACAUAUUUAGUCCUUUAUCCGCUUAUUUCAAUAGCGCGGUGCAUAUCGGCAGAUUAAAUGUAAGAAGAAAAAAACGGAACAAUGGUAGUAACAAAAACUUUGAGUAAAUAAUAAAUAUAUAA